UUCUUAUCCAACACACUGUCUGUGUUACUGUAUUCUCUCGCUCUCUCUCUCCUUUCUCUCAUUCACUUCCCCUUCGAGUGGUCCUUCCUUCCUCUUUAUAUCCCUCUCAUCACUUUCUCCAAUUCCUCACAUCUUAUAUCUAACACUACUCCUUCUUCCUCUUCUUCUUCUACUUCUUCUUCUACUUCUUCUUCUUCUUCUUCUUCUUUCCUUUUCCAUUCUUGCUAAGUAUAUAUGUAGUUCUUUUCCAUCCCUAUUUACAUAUCUUAAUAUCUCUGGCUAUAGCUUGGGCGUUGGUUGUUGUUGAAACUUUAAACGCGUAGGCUUAUACUAAGGGCAAGCACAUUUCUUGGUUUUUGCUCAUUUAUUUUGGAAGCAGCUGACUAAUAUAAGACCUUAUUCUGUUAAUUUCCAAGAUGUCAAACAGAAGGUCGAGGCAGUCGACAGCAGGUGUUUCCAGGAUUUCAGAUGAUCAGAUCAUUGAACUUGUCUCCAAGUUACGCCAACUUCUUCCUGAGAUUCGUGAUAGGCGAUCUGACAAGGUAUCAGCAUCCAAGGUUUUGCAAGAGACUUGCAAUUACAUUAGAAGCUUACAUAGGGAGGUGGACGAUCUGAGUGAACGACUGUCCCAGCUCUUGGCUACAAUUGAUGCUGAUAGUGCUGAGGCUGCUAUAAUUAGGAGUUUAAUUAUGUGAUAAUAAACCACCUUUUGUUUCUCCUACUUUCUUUCUUGCUAGGUUUUGGUCACUAGAUCAAACAAAAUUUAUAAUAUAUUUUAAGAUGCAUGCUCCCCCAUGUGGAAGGGUGUGCACUGUAAUUACUUUGUAUAAUAAAAGGACUUGCACUAGCAAAAGCCUUUAAUUUUAAUGGUGAUGCUAUAACUUUUGUAGGCAUGAGACAAGCUUAAUUAAUUUAUAUCCUAUGCCGUUUUUGGUUUGUAUAUUAG